UCAGUCAUCAGAUAACGUGGACACUCGUUAACAGGGAACACCGGCUCGGCGCGUCCUCCCUUUCUGUGCAGAACUGAAAUAAAUUUGGAUCGCUUUCAUGUGCACCGUUCCUAUUAAGUAUUGAUUUUUUUCCGUGAACCGGAAGAUUAAAAGACACCCGAGUUCACAUGGAGGUGUGAUCUGACUGCUCCACACCUGGUUUUAUUGAAUGAGGUCUAUCAGCAAGUAGCAUUGUUUUGGUUCGAUACCCUUACAAAAUUAAACACGCCCAACUUUCAGUCGGGAAUAGCGGGAUACAUAUUCAUACAAAUCUGCAGGUUAACGGUGACGAGCUGGCGCAGGUUGUGGGUUGUUCGUGGAUAAUGCGAGACAGUGGUGGUAGCCUGGCCCAGAACCGCUGGCAGGGAGACCUGGGUCUGACCGCUGUGGGACAAGACACCACAGGAGGAGGUGGAAUUCCUGGGGACCACCUCAUUGUCCCGGUGUCGGGCCACAGUGUGCAUAGUCCCAUGCACCUCAGACUGGGGCAGAAAGACAAAGUGUGGACGGGCGAGUAUGUAGAUGAGGAAGAUGGUAUGGGUGAUAUUGAACCAGUAGGUGACGAAGAAGAUGAAGAUGAAAAUCAUCUAGAAGGGGGGGGCAAGGGCGUGUUUGAAGGCGAAGUCUGGCAUAACAAUGACGAAGAAGAGGAAGAUGAAGGAGACGAUGAGGAAGAAGACCAGAUAAACGAAGAGUGGGAGAUCUCAGACUUUCCUUCUCAGUCCACCCAGAAAUGUGUUUUACAGCAACACCAACCUUAUGGACCACAGCAGAAGACACAAGCAGUAGGUGAUGUCACUGUAGAUGAUAGUCUAUCCCAGGCUGAAGUCGAGGACAUGUGCAGGUCCCACCUUAGCAGGUACAAGACUUUGAGGAGGCUCAGGCUCAGGCGCUGGCAGCGUUUUCGUUCUCACAGUGGCCUUGGAUUUCGGCUCACUCAGCACUGGAAGAGCUGGCGCCAAAGGGCACAGCGCUUGUGCCUCCUAGGGAACCGAUGGAGCCGGAGAGGGCAAAGGUCCAAUCUAUAUGGCAAGCAGAGGAGAAUAAAGCAAUAUCCGCAGUCAUCAUAUACAGAGGAAGAGGAUGACAGCAACGAUGAGCGGCUCACAGAGCUUGACAGAGAUAAACAGAUAAACGGCUGCUCUCUAGACAAGCAAGAGGACAGAGGAAGGCGGGAAAUGGAGGUCAAACCAGUGGAACUGGCUCUAACUGAGGAGCACAUGAGUUGUGUGACUGGUAUUCUUGAAGAGUCUCUACAGCAGUAUGGCAGCUUGAUCCCCAUCCAUGUAGACGACAUUGUAGAGAAGCUUCAGGACAUCUUCAGCGAGAGCUUCUCUCAGCCACACAGGAAAGCAGUGGUCCAGCAUUUAAUACAGUCCUUCCAGCGUUCAUCAGGAUCAGCCCUGGCUAAAACAUUCAGAGUUAACUACAAGCGCCAUGUUUUGACAAUGGAUGACUUGGGCACCCUGUACGGACAGAACUGGCUUAACGACCAGAUAAUGAACAUGUACGGUGACCUAGUGAUGGACUCUGUGCCAGAGAAGGUUCACUUUUUCAACAGCUUCUUUUACGAUAAGCUAAGGACAAAGGGCUACGACGGAGUCAAACGGUGGACAAAAAAUGUUGACAUCUUUCAGAAAGAUCUCUUGUUGAUCCCCAUCCAUCUGGAGGUCCACUGGUCACUUGUCAGUGUUGACAUUCCUCGUCGAGCCAUCACUUACUUUGACUCUCAGCGGACGCUUAACAGACGUUGCCCCAAGCACAUUUUUAAGUAUCUGCAAGCUGAGGCAAUCAAAAAAGACCAACGGAACUUUUUGACGGGAUGGAAAGGGUUUUUUAAAAUGAAUGUGGGCCGUCAAAACAACGACAGUGACUGUGGUGCUUUUGUGCUGCAGUACUGCAAGUGUCUGGCACUAGGGCAGCCAUUCAGCUUUGGCCAGCAGGACAUGCCCCGGCUGAGGAGGCAAAUGUACAAAGAACUGUGUCACUGCAAACUCAUCCUGUGACCCAGCACCUACGUCCCAGUCCACCAACUCCACCACCACACCCCAAUAAGGUGCGGGACAAUGAUCUAACAAGACGAGGACAAGGGGAGACGUGGUUGGCAGGAAACAAGAAACUUCUGUAAACCGUAAUUUUUCUCUGACAAACUCCAGAAAAGUUACCUCUGUAGGUGAUGUCAUGGUUUCACUUUUUGUCUUUUUUUGCUUGCCUCUUUCCACAAUUUGAAAACCAAUUUUAAUUUUUACGUCCUGGUUAUUACUUUGUGGUUGACAGAGGCCAAGACUAGCUUCCAUUAUGGGAAUGUGCUAAUCUUCCAUUGUAUUGUAGUCCACUUGUACUUCUCAGUCAGAUAUAAUAAAAAUCCAAACAAAAGUAAGUUAAACCUUACUUCUACUUAAGCUAAUCAGUCCAGCAACCAACCCAAUACAGUAUGUCAUGUUUGGUUCAAGGGCCCCCCAAGGGAAGGAAAGCUCUCCAGUGUUAUGUUGAUGAUGCCGUUUAGUCAACACAUAAUGUUGGUGUUGUAGUGACAACGUGAAAUUUCCAGUGUGUUUGUACACUUUGUUGACAGUUGUUUAGAUGACGGAUUUAAACCGAUGCUGAAGCUGAAAUGCAUAUGCAUAAUCAAUGACCGUGGUGCAGUGGGAAAACACACAAAAGGCCAUUGUCGUGUGUUUUUCUGAGUUAAGUCAGAAUUCAAGCAACAUCCAUGGAGCGCACCACAUAUUGAUCCACCUGCCUCUGCCACACUUUCCAUCUGUACACACAUAACAUCCUCAAGUGGGAGACUGGCUCUGUGACUGCGGGACAACUCCUAAACCAGCUUGAAUAACAGGUUGGCCCGAACAAGAGGUGGCUUUACAUUUGCAUUUAUCCUUUUCUGUGUUUUAUCUCUGUCAGUAAAUGUGUUGAUAUGCUUUAUUGCUUUAAACAAACUGUUAAAAGGAGGACUACUAAUUUGUUUUCUUUUGAGUAGGUACAAAAAAAUUAUCCUCUAAGUAUUUUUUUGAAGGUUUGAGAGCCAUUUUGUUGAGGACCACAGCAGCUACACAGCAGAUCUAGCAUGUCCACGAUGAAGUUACAGUACCCUCCUCUUUUUUUACAAUGGAAAAACACAUUUGUUCAUAGCUUUGUUUUUUUUUCUCUUUUUUUCAAACAGGAUUUGAUUCAACAAAAUUGACAGUUUUAUAUAUCUUCUACAAUGCAUUAUGGUUGCUAAAAAUAAAAUAUGUGGCAAAGGA